AUGCCUUCGGACAUGGAGAAAGACCUUUGCGAUGACGGGGACCUGAAAUCUUUCGACGAUGUUCUCGCCCGAAUCGGCCACUUCGGUCUGUUUCAGAAGUGGAUUCUUCUCGUCCUCGUUCUCAUAGGGCUCACGGUGGGCGGUCAAACUAUGUGUCCAGUGUUCACAUUGAGUAUCCCGAAGCACAGAUGCAAUAUCGCAGAACUGGGAAACGACACCUACGCGGUGCAGAGCGCCUCCCAUCAGGGCGUGAUAAACCGGAUGAUUCCUCUGACGGAUGACGGCGACUACAGCAGUUGCUACAGAUACGUCACAGCUUCCUCACACAACGGCACCUCGACAUCCAGACAGAAGGAGAAAUGUGACUCCUGGGUCUAUGAUAAGAGUGUUUUCCAACGCACUCUCACCUCAGAUGUAACCAUUGAAUAUAUGGGCUCAAGACAUCGGGCAAAAGUUAGCUUGGUAAUGGAAAUGGGCUUCGCAUGGGGUCAAAUGUUGCUGACUCCCAUUGCUUACUUUGAGAAAGACUGGCAAGUGUUUCAGUUCAUCAUCCUGAUACCUUCUAUCCUGACCGUCCUAACCAUGUGGAUGGUGCCGGAAUCAUCACGGUGGCUGCUAGCGAGGGACAGGACGGAGGAGGCAGAGAACACGAUGCAGAGAGCAGCCAAGAGGAACAAAGUCAGCCUCCCAUCGAAUGUAAUGUCGAAGAUACAGAUGGGGCGUCCCAGUGUCUCAGAAUCGCCACUUAAUCUGUUUAUGGAUGUUCAGCUGGCUCUACGAUGGCUAGUACUCUACGUCAACUGUGGAAAGCCCGUCAGCCCAAUGACGUUUACACUUCUCCUGUUCUGUGCCAUAGGCUGGAUCGUGGUGGCGCUGUCUCUCCUCGGCAAGAUGGCCAUAUCCAGUGCCUCUAUCCUCAUGUACACGUACACGGCGGAGUUGUUUCCUACCAAGUGCCGGGCCUUUGGUCUCGGCUCUUGCUCUAUGGUGGCUCGAAUUGGUGGGAUUUCCUCCGCUUAUGUGGCUGACCUGAACACCUACGUCCACGGGCAGUUUGGCCAAGUUCUUCCUCAGCUGGUGUUUGGUGCCGCCGGCAUAGUCGGGGCUCUGCUCACCCUCAUCCUACCUGAGACCAGGAACAGGAAGUUGCCGGAAACCAUAGCGGACGCCAAGAACGUCAUCAAAGAUGCCGCUGACCCUAAUAUUGUACCAGAUCGUAGCAAAAUGACGGACGAAUCUGCGCUCAUCACUAAGUGUUCAAAAACCCGGAUGGGAUCAUAAAAACAGCUAAGAUGGGAUCACCGAGAAGCUUAAGGAAAUUUGUGGUGAUUCACUUUCUGUUCAUGUCAGUGGAAUCCUGUUAUAACGAGAGGGAGGGGAC